CCCGUGGGCAUUCCCCAUGUCAUCGCGCGGCGGCACAAGCAGCAGGGACAGGCGGCCUACAGAGACAGCUGGCUCCUGAGGGACGGGCUCAAUAAACCUGAAAGUACUGAGCAGAGACAAAAUGGCCUUAAAAUGGUGGACCAAGCAAUAUGGUCCAAAAAGAUGUCAAAUGGAGCAAGGCGUAUACCAGUGUCACCUGAUCAGGCCAGGUCAUACAACAGACAGAUGCGGCCAGCUAUUUUAGAUCACAGCUCUGGGGCCAAGUGGACAAACACAUCAAAUCACCCUGAAUUUUUGGUAGGAGAGGAGGCACUGUAUAUUAAUCCACUGGAUUCUUAUAAUAUACACUGGCCUAUUAGAAGGGGGCAGUUAAAUCUCCACACAGGACCUGGUGGCUCCCUCACUGCAGUAUUAGCAGACCUUGAAGUUAUAUGGUCACAUGCAAUACAAAAAUAUCUGGAAAUACCAUUGAAAGACUUAAAGUACUACAGAUGCAUUUUACUAAUUCCAGACAUCUAUAAUAAACAACAUGUGAAAGAACUGGUAAAUAUGAUCCUAAUGAAGAUGGGCUUCUCAGGAAUUGUUGUACACCAGGAGUCUGUCUGUGCUACUUUUGGAAGUGGUUUAAGCAGCGCGUGUAUAGUAGAUGUGGGAGAUCAGAAAACAAGCGUUUGCUGUGUAGAAGAUGGUGUUUCCCAUCGCAACACCAGGUUGUGCCUUGCAUAUGGAGGAUCUGACGUGUCAAGGUGUUUUUAUUGGCUUAUGCAACGAGCAGGAUUCCCAUAUAGAGACUGUCAGUUAACUAAUAAGUUGGAUUGCCUGCUGCUUCAGCACUUAAAGGAGACAUUUUGUCAUCUAGACCAGGAUAUUUCUGGAUUGCAAGACCAUGAGUUCCAGAUUCGUCAUCCGGACUCUCCAGCUUUAUUAUACCAGUUCCGAUUAGGAGAUGAAAAAUUACAGGCUCCAAUGGCUCUGUUCUAUCCAGCAACUUUUGGAAUUGUUGGACAAAAAAUGACAACUUUGCAACACAGGUCACAAGGUGACGCUGAGGAUCCUCAUGAUGAACAUUAUCUGCUAGCCACACAAAGUAAGCAGGAGCAGUCUGCAAAAGCUACAGCUGAUAGAAAAUCUAUGUCGAAGCCUGGUGCAUUUGAGGGAGACUUGAGAGGCCAAGCCUCAGACAUUUCAGAGAGGAUCUACCCACAAGAAGUGGAACUGGGGUCUUCCCAGAGUGAUUGUAUGAUAUCUGGAAAUGAUUCGGAGGAACCUUUAACUGCACACAUGUCCAGGAAAACAGCUAUUUCGCAGUUUGAAGGCAAAGCCUUAGGCCUUGACAAAGCCAUUCUUCAUAGUAUUGACUGCUGCGCAUCUGAUGAUACAAAAAAGAAGAUGUACAGCUCCAUCUUAGUUGUGGGAGGAGGCCUUAUGUUUCAUAAAGCUCAAGAGUUUCUUCAACACCGAAUUCUCAACAAAAUGCCACCUUCUUUUAGAAGAGUCGUUGAAAAUGUUGAAGUCAUCACAAGACCUAAGGAUAUGGAUCCCCGCUUAAUUGCAUGGAAAGGAGGUGCAGUUUUAGCCUGUCUUGAUACAACUCAGGAGCUAUGGAUAUAUCAGCGAGAAUGGCAGCGUUUUGGUGUCAGAAUGUUACGAGAGAGAGCUGCAUUUGUAUGGUAAUGGAUACGUUUACAGUGGAACAUGAUUAAUUAAGGAUUCCUUUCCCCAAAUGCCCCCUUUUCCAGUGCAGAUGUAUUGAUCUUCUGCUGGUAGAUAUUUUUGUAUUUUAUUAAAACCGACUUCUACUGAGAUUUUUCCAAAA